UCAGUGCUGCGCCGGAAGUCGGCGCGUGGGUCCGGCUUCUCGCGCGUGGGGCGGCGGCAUGGAGCGGGCCCGCGGCCCCAGGGGCGCGCGCCGGGCGCUGGGCCGCCUGCUGGAGGCGGUGCUGGCGGACCGCGCGGAGGCCAACGCCGUGUUCGACAUCCUGGCGGUGCUGCAGGCGGAGGACCCGGAGGAGAUCCAGGAUGCGGUGCGCGCGUGCAGCCGCCUGUUCGGGGCCUUGCUGGAGCGGGGGGAGCUAUUUGUGGGCCAGCUGCCCCCGGAGGAGACCGUCAUGGCAGGGUCGCAGGGGGCCAACCGGAAGUACAAGGUGUGGAUGCGGCAUCGCUACCGGAGCUGCUGCAACCGCCUGGCGGAGCUCCUGGCCCAUCCCUCCUUCCAGGUCAAGGAGCUGGCCCUCGGCACCCUCAUGAAGUUCGUGCAGCUGGAAGGAGCGCACCCCCUGGAGAAGCCCAAGUGGGAGGGCAGCUACCUGUUUCCCCGCCAGCUCUUCAAGGCGGUGGUGGACGGCCUGCUGUCCCCGGAGGAGGACUGCUCGCUGCUCCUCUCCCAGUUCUGCUCGUACCUGGAGCACCACGACCUGCGCUACCACACGAUGCGGGCGGCCGCGGACACCGUGGCCAGGGUCGCCGACGCCCACGCUGAGGUGCCCCUCGCUUUCUGGAACAACGUGUUCACGCUGCUGUCCGCCGUGAGCCUGCCCCGCCAGGAGAGCGACGUGGCGAACUUCUACGUGAAGCACGCAGAGCUGUCGGACAAGUGGAAGGUCACUCAUCUGAAGGAGCACAGGAAGGCCUUUCAGCUCAUGUGGCUCGGCUUCCUCAAGCACAAGCUGCCCCUCAGCCUCUACAAGAAGGUGCUGGUGAUCAUGCACGAGUCCAUCCUGCCGCACCUGGCCCAGCCCAGCCUCAUGAUCGACUUCCUCACCCGCGCCUACGACGUCGGGGGCGCCAUCAGCCUUCUGGCCUUGAACGGACUCUUCAUCCUGAUUCAUGAGCACAACCUGGAGUACCCCGACUUCUACCGCAAGCUCUACGGCCUCCUGGACCCGUCCGUCUUCCACGUCAAGUACCGGGCCCGCUUCUUCCAGCUGGCCGACCUCUUCCUGUCGUCCUCCCACCUGCCCGCCUACCUGGUGGCUGCCUUCGCCAAGCGCCUGGCCCGCCUGGCCCUGACGGCGCCCCCCGAGGCCCUGCUCAUGGUGCUGCCCUUCAUCUGCAACCUGCUUCGGCGGCACCCGGCCUGCCGCGUCCUGGUGCACCGGCCGCGGGGCCCUGAGCUGGACGCCGACCCCUACGACCCCGACGAGGAGGACCCCGCGCAGAGCCGCGCCCUGGAGAGCUCGCUGUGGGAGCUGCAGGCACUGCAGCGGCACUACCACCCCGAGGUGUCCAAGGCCGCCAGCGUCAUCAGCCAGGCGCUGUCCCUGCCCGAGGCCAGCAUCGCGCCCCUGCUGGAGCUCACCGCCUUCGAGGUCUUCGAGCGGGACCUGAAGAAGAAGUGGCCCGAGGCGGUGCCGCUGGAGUUCAUCCCCCCGCAGGGCCUGCUGGGCCGGCGGGGCGACCUCUGCGCCCAGCACUUCUCCCUCGGCUGACUCCCCUGCCGGGGGGGCUGGGGCAGGCGGGGGCUGGCUCCCCCGGGGCUGCCACAGGCUGCCGUCAGCAGGGACGGCACAGGGGUCCUCCCUCCCACCUGCCAGGACUGCACCCCCGAGCUGACGGGCCCACACGGAGCAGCCCUGGGCGCUGGGCACUCCCCUCCGUGAGGCCCAGCAGCGUCCUGUCCCCCGUAGCCAGCUCCUGUGUCAAAUGCCCUUUUCGGUCUGAACCCAACAGCAGACAUCUCCCCUCCACACCCGCCAGCCCAGGGCGGGCCCUGACCACAGGCCCACCUCAUCACAUCCAGGCGGAGCUUAAGAUGCUGGGGAGGGGGGGGGGUGCUGGCAUGGCUCAGGUUGAGUUCGACCUGGGAACCAGGAGGUCAUGUCCAAUGCCCAGUCAGGGCA